AUGGCUCCAGUGAUUCCUGAAAGCCAGCAGGCGACCAACGACCCUGAAGCUCACAGGUUGCCGCUAACUUCCGAGCCCAUAGUUGAAAUGUCCGUAGCGAGCUCGUCUUUGGACGAGGUAGAUGACUAUCUUGCACCAGACGGAGGUUAUGGCUGGGUCAUUGUUGCUUGCAUUCUGGGCAUCAAUGUUGUCACAUAUGGUAUCAACACUUCCUACGGCGUAUACAUUGCUUAUUAUCUCGAACACAACUACUUUGAUGGCGCGACUUAUAUGACUUACGCCUUCGUCGGCGGCUUAUCUGUGGGCAUAGCAUGGUUUUGUGCACCAGGGAUUAAUUAUCUUGUGAAGAGAUUUGGCCUGAGAAUACCCUUAUUCAUGGGACUUAUAUUCAUAUCCCUGGGUCAAUGCCUUUCGGGUCUCACGCAGCAUCUCGCCAUGUUUGUUGUAUGGCAGGGAUUGAUAUUUGGAAUGGUCAUGAGACUGGCUGGUGAUAGAGUUAACGAAUGGUGGUUCGACAAGCGACUGAGCCUAGCUCAAGGUAUCGCGACAACUGGGUCUGGAAUCGGAGGCCUGAUUUUUUCCAACACAACCCGGGCCGCCCUUGCGACCAUGGGCGUCAAGUACACCCUCGUCAUGAAUGGCUGCAUUUCCGCCGUUGUUCUCGUACCCUGUCUGGUGCUCUUGAAGGGUCGAACUGCAGUAAACGUCAGAGUCGAACCUCUCCAACUCAAGUGGUUUGUACACGGGACAUUCUUCUGGGUCUGGACCUGGGGAUUUUUUGCUGCCAUGGGGUACUUCAUUGCUUUGUAUUCUCUCGCGCCUUACGCAACAGAUGGCAUCGGGUUGACACAAACGCAAGGUGCCGCGCUCCAAUCCAUACUGGCAGGAGGCCAGAUUAUCGGCCGCCCAUUAAUUGGUCUGGCCCUCGACAAGGGCGGCCGCUUUAACAUGACAAUCAUUGCCAAUAUUGUUGCUGGAUUAAGUUGCGUGGCCAUUUGGAUGCCGGCUCGGUCAUUCGCCGCGCUUGUGCCUUACGCCAUCUUACAAGGCGUAGUAGGCGGCACAGUAUUCAGCGUCGUCGUUCCUGUAACAACGUCGGCGGUCGGGGUCCUUGAUAUGGGAUCGGCAUUUGCGAUAUUUGGACUAAGCGUGGUUCCCGCAACUACAUUUGGGCAACCAAUUGCUGUGUCGUUGAUCAAUUUCUCCAAGGAUACUCUUCUGAAGAGUGGGGGAGAUGUCUACCAAAUAUCAAUUGGACUAUGUGGCGGUUUAUUUUGGGUGAGUGCGCUCUUGCUGUUUGGUGGCAAGGUAGCCAUUCAAGGCAAUAUGAAGUUGCUUCAAAAGGCUUGA